ACGCCCAUCCCGCGUAUCGCCCCGCCCAGCCACGGCCGACCGCUGCUCCCCGUGGGCCUGAGUCGGCCGGCGGCUGCCCGCCGGGGCCCUAGACGGCGCAGCGGGGCCGGGAGCCAGGGACCCGCGGAGGGAAGAGGCGGCCCAGACGGCUGCCGGCUGCCGGCGGGGCGGCCGCACGUGGAUGCGGCGGGUGCGGGAAGCCUCGAGCAGCCCGCGCCGUCUCUGCCCCCGGGCACCCUAUGGCUUGAAGAGCCCGGCCAUUCAGUGGCCCUGCUACCCCAAUGGAUCCACUGAACCUGUCCUGGUACGAUGACGAUCCGGAGAGCCAGAACUGGAGCCGGCCCUUCAAUGGGUCUGACGGGAAGGCCUACAAGCCCCACUAUAACUACUAUGCCACGCUGCUCACCCUGCUCAUCUUCAUCAUCGUCUUUGGCAAUGUGCUGGUGUGCAUGGCCGUGUCUCGUGAGAAGGCGCUGCAGACCACCACCAACUACCUGAUCGUCAGCCUUGCUGUCGCAGACCUCCUUGUAGCCACACUUGUCAUGCCCUGGGUUGUCUACCUGGAGGUGGUGGGCGAGUGGAAAUUCAGCAGGAUCCACUGUGACAUCUUUGUCACUCUGGACGUCAUGAUGUGCACAGCGAGCAUCCUGAACCUGUGCGCCAUCAGCAUCGACAGGUACACAGCUGUGGCCAUGCCCAUGCUCUACAACACACGCUACAGCUCCAAGCGCCGGGUCACCGUCAUGAUCGCCAUCGUCUGGGUCCUCUCCUUCACCAUCUCCUGCCCACUGCUCUUUGGACUCAACAACACAGAACAGAGUGAGUGCAUCAUCGCCAACCCUGCCUUCGUGGUUUACUCCUCUGUUGUCUCCUUCUACGUGCCCUUUAUCGUCACCCUGCUGGUCUACAUCAAGAUCUACAUUGUUCUCCGGAGGCGCCGGAAGCGGGUCAACACCAAGCGCAGUAGCCGGGCUUUCAGGGCCAACCUGAGGACCCCACUCAAGGGCAGCUGUACUCACCCUGAGGACAUGAAGCUCUGCACCGUUAUCAUGAAGUCUAAUGGCAGUUUCCCUGUGAACAGGCGGAGAAUGGAGGCUGCCCGCCGUGCCCAGGAGCUAGAGAUGGAGAUGCUGUCCAGCACCAGCCCACCUGAGAGGACCCGGUACAGCCCCAUCCCGCCCAGCCACCACCAGCUGACCCUCCCCGACCCGUCCCACCACGGCCUCCACAGCACUCCUGACAGCCCUGCCAAACCCGAGAAGAAUGGGCAUGCCAAAGACCACCCCAAGAUUGCCAAGAUCUUUGAGAUCCAGUCCAUGCCCAAUGGCAAAACACGGACUUCGCUUAAGACCCUGAGCCGCAGGAAGCUCUCGCAGCAGAAGGAGAAGAAAGCCACCCAGAUGCUCGCCAUCGUCCUUGGCGUGUUCAUCAUCUGCUGGCUGCCCUUCUUCAUCACACACAUCCUGAACAUUCACUGUGAUUGCAACAUCCCACCUGUCCUGUACAGCGCCUUCACAUGGCUGGGCUACGUCAACAGUGCCGUGAACCCCAUCAUCUAUACGACCUUCAACAUUGAGUUCCGCAAGGCCUUCAUGAAGAUCCUCCACUGCUGACCCUGCUGCCCACCUGAACAGCAGCCCACCGCCCACCUCCCUGCCUGGGCCCGCCUGGCCCGGCCUGGCCUCAGUCCCUGAGAGCAGUGGGCAGGAGGGCGUGCAGCGGACUUCUCUCUGCCUGGCAGGCCCUGCAGUGUUAGCUUGGCACCACGCCCCUCACUACCCAGACAACCUCACUCUGCCAGGGUGGGGUAGAGAGCCUGGCAUGGCACCAGCCCUUGGGCUGGACCCCAUGGUUCAGGGGUAGCUCACAGAGACCACUGCCCACUUCCAGACCCCUUGUCCUUGGCACCAAAGAUGUAGCCACCUUCUCUGACCCUCCUCCGGAGCUCUGGUGUUGCUGGGGCCAGAGUCAGGGCUGCGAGGCUGUGCCCUCCGCUGGGCUCAGCCGGGCCUCCACAGGUUUGUGCUGGAGUGGGCGGUAGGGAGGGAUGGCCAGUUCACAGCACCCAAGGUCCACACCAGAAAAGCCAGAGCUCUUCCCAAGACCCCAAGUCACUUCAGUCUGGGGAGACCCAUGUACACACCAGGCCAGAGAAUGAAACCCAGGAAAGCCCAAGCCAAAAACCUUCACUCCCUUUUCUGCCCAAUAGGAGCCUCUGCUUCCCGUAGCCAUGGGUCCUGGCAUGGCCCACCCUCUCCACACCCGCUGCGGGGAGGGCCCCAGGAGGGUCUAAUCCUCCACCCCUAAUAAACCCACUCUGCUGCCUCCUGA